UACCAUAAAAACAUUUAGUAGUGUAUACAUAUUCCUAAGAUUCGUAAGUCUGCUGGAAAGAUUUUUUUAUUGAAUAUUGCGCUGUUCUCUACGGAACAUCAUUAUAGUUUGAUUUAAGACUAAAAAAUAUAAAAUAAAGGAGUGACAUGAUUUUGUGUGUAUGUCCUACAUAGGGUUUCCAACUUUAAAUUUCCAACAAAAGUUGACAGAUACUCGUGGAGUGAACAUGUAUGAUCGUAUACGGUUCUUAUUGACCAUACAAUGAUGGGCGAAAAGGAUCAGGAUAUAAAAAGCCCAAUGAAACGAGUGGGGUCCACAAGAAAAAUCGUUAUGUUCAGCAAUAUUCGUCAACAGCUUAAUGAACAGCUUCGAUGCCUUGAUAUCAGAGUUGAGUCUCAAGUUGGAUUAAUUCAAGAAAUACAGGAUUUCUUCCGGCGUCGUGGCGAGUUAGAGCUUGACUACAGUAAAAGUCUGGAAAAGUUUGCUCGAGGAUUACUUUUAAAGCACAAGGAACAGAAGCAAAAGAGAGAUCACUGGCCAAUAUUUUCAACCUUUGCAUGCUGGCAACAUUUAGUAAAAGAAACCCAAUCACUGUCAAAAGAUCAUGCCAUAUUAGCGGAUUUGUAUUCCAUAAGUAUUGUUGCUAGCUUACAGACGACCAUUGAAGACGUUCAGCGGAUAUAUAAAAAGUGCAAGUUGAUAGGAUAUGAAAUCCACGAAGAUAUACAACGUCUCCUACAGGAACUCCACAUGACAAUGAAAACGUAUCAAAGAUACGAGAGUGAGUGUAAAUCAGCAAAAAUAAAAUUGGUUACAGCAGAAGCACAACGAAAAAAGCUAGAACAAACAAUUGCAAAAGAAAAGCUGGAACGUAACAAAAAAUAUAAACUUACUGAAAAAGAAAUUAUUAAGAGAGAUACAAAAUAUAAGGAUGCAAGACUGAAAGCCCUAAAAGCAAAAACUGAGUACCAAUUAUGUCUCGAAGCCUCAAAUACUACUAUACAUAAAUAUUUUGUAGAGGAUUUGUGUGAUUUAAUAGAUUGUAUGGAUCUCGGAUUUGGAUCAAUGAUUUCGAAGGCGAUUCUAAUGCAUGUUUCAGCAGAUCAGGGACGAUCAAGGGCAAUUCUUCAGCAAGCCGAUAAUCUCUCCCAUUUAAUACAUUCUAUAGAUUGUCGUGCAGAUAAGCAAAAGUUUUUAGAACACCAUCAUGCUGCGUUUAUGAUUCCUAAGCGUUUGGAACUACAAUGCCAACAAGAUCAGUCUGAUAGCAUUGAAAUGGAAAUAAAAAAAGAAUUACAUUUGGAUAUGGAACAACGAUUAGAAACUCUAGGUCAAAGGUUGCGGGAUCUUCGCAUAGAAUGUGACGAAGUUUGGAAGUCACUUGAGACAGCAGAGACAAAACUCUUAGAGCAUUAUAAUAGCAAGGACAAUGACACCAGCGACAUCUUCACGGAAGGCAAACAAUAUUUACUUAAGCCACCUAAUUGCAAUAUAACGCCUAAACUAAAAGCCGAAAAACAGGACAUUGAGGAUUAUUAUAUAACGAAAAUUCGCGAGUACAUCACAGGAACAUCGCGAAUAGCUCGUUUAAGUGCAAAGGCAGAAUUUUUACGAAACGUUUUAAUCAAGGAUAAUUCAUGUAAUUUACCUUCUCAUGCUAAAGGAAUCGUAUCCGUGCGCAAACGUAUUGGGCGUGUUAAUAUUUCUGGCCAACCUAAAUUAUUUGGAGGUUCCUUGGAAGAAUAUUUGGAAUUCACCGGCGAAGAAGUACCACUAGUAAUGCGAAGCUGCAUUCGUGUUAUUAAUCUAUAUGGGUUGCAUCAUCAGGGAAUAUUUAGAGUUUCAGGUUCACAGGUCGAAAUUUCAAAUUUUCGUGAAGCAUUCGAAAGAGGAGAAGAUCCACUUGCCGAUACAAAUGAUGCAUCAGAUAUUAAUUCAGUUGCUGGAGUUUUAAAGUUAUACCUGCGGGAAUUGAGAGAACCGCUGUUUCCCAUAGUAUAUUUCGAACAUUUUGUGGCCAUAGCAGGAAUACACACAAAAGAGGAUAUCAUAACAGCUAUAAGAAAUUUUCUAAGCAACCUUUCUCCAGCAGUUUUAGUUGUUAUUCGUUAUCUUUUCGCUUUUCUAAAUCACUUGUCGGAAUACGCAGAUGAAAAUAUGAUGGACGCAUUUAAUUUAGCUAUCUGUUUCGGGCCAACACUCAUGCCUGCGCCAGAGGAUAAGGAUCAAGUGCAGUACCAAAAUCAGAUAAACGAACUUAUUAAAUGUAUGAUACUGUAUCACGAUGAUAUUUUUCCACCAGAUUUGGUAGGCUUGGAAUAUGAAAAAUAUAUAUCCCACGAACCCUUCAUGGAUAUUUUUGUUGGUGAAUCUCCAGUUGAUAAUGUGACUGAAGACCUUGACUCAGAAAUUUGCCCUUCCGAAGAUGAAUCGGAAACCUUGGAAGCUACGGUUCAGUUCGAUUUUAAAGCAAGGUCUAAUCGUGAACUGUCAAUUCGGAAAGGAGAUAUUGUGAUCCUAAGAAAACAGGUAUCUAAUGACUGGUGGCACGGAGCGUUAAAUGGAAGGGAAGGUUUGAUACCUGACAAAUAUAUAUCACUCAGAAUUAAAGGAGAAGAUAGAGACAAAGUCUGUACAGAGCAAUACACGUCUAGGAAUAUUAAUACCGAAAACGAAUCGGCUGUCGAAAGUCGAAUAGAUACCGCUAAGGAGGAUUGUCAUAUUUUCAUUCAGUCUGAUAUUGAGCCAAUUCCAAAUAGUUUAAGAACCAACAACGAAUUUUACGAAGACAAUUCUCUAAAUGCCUACGAAAAUAAUGCGGAGCUACAGAUUGUACACAAUUGUGACAAUUUAGAGAAUAUACCGGCACAGGAAUCCAAAAUGCAUAUCAACAGCAGCGAAACAAUGCUCAAGGACGCGGAAAUAAAUGAUAACUCAGUUACUUGUAAAAUGCACUCUGUAAAUGAUAGUGGGAACAAUUCUCAAUCUUCGGCAGAGUUGGAACAUGUGAGUAAGGCUGAAGAUACUACUGAGGAGGAGCUGAAAAACUUAAGUGAAUUUCAAAAGAAUAAAUUCUUGUGGGAAGUAAGAUCUCGGGGUACAUCCAAGGAAGCAUUUUACAAUUUGCCAUAUGAAAAGAAACAUAUUGCCCCUGAUCUAGUUAUGGAUUUACCAAUCUCAAAAAAUAAAACAAUUUUUGAGUAUGUUUCCCAAGUUGUGGAUCCUGAGGAUACCGAUGAGACAGCACACAUGAAAGGAAAUAUGGCAUCCUUUAAAAAGGCCGAACAUACGACAUUUACGAAGAAAAAUAAUUGUAACGAAGAUUCCAAAGCAGCUAGUGUUUCUUCACCUGGACCAGUUAAAGAAGAUCUACCAUCUCAAAGAGAUCUUUUUAUUGUGGAAGGCAACAAUUUGUACGCUAACGUUAAUGUUUCGUCCACGUCAACAGGUGGAUAUAUUUUAGAACGAGAAUUAAAACAAUACCAAAUGGCGCACAAACAAAACGAUUUAAAGAAAAAUGAAACAAUUGUGAAUGAAAGUACGGUAGAAACAAAUAAAAGUGACAAUAUAGAGUAAAUAUUGCUGUUAAUGUAUUCCUCAAGUACCCCAUUAUAUUUUUUUAAUUUCUAUGUAAUACAUUGAUAUGAAGCAAGUAUCUCUUCUUAAUAAUAAAAG